AAUAUUCAACUGGAGAUACCUUACUUUUUUAUCGUUCCGGCUGCUGUAUUAUCCGAUUCUUGUGUGUUGGUUGGUAUAUCGGAAGCUUUAGUGCAAGAUGUUCGAAGAAAAACUUAUAGCAGAGAUUGAAAAACACAACUGCUUGUGGGACAAACGACAGCUUAGUUACCGCGAUCGGGUGAAGAAAGAUUUGGCUUGGCGAAAUGUAGCUGCUGCUGUGGGACAUCCUGAGGAAAACUGCCGAAAGCGAUGGAAAUCGUUAAGAGACCGAUAUGGAAUAGAAUUGAAGGUUGAUCAACAACCUAGCGGAAGUGCUGCGUCGUUUUUGAAAGACACGGUCACGCCCAGACAGACAACAACAAACAUCGUCUCCCAAACGCCAGAAGUUCUCGGACAAGAACCAGAUAUACUGGAUACUUCCUUUGGAUUCCAAAUAGGCGAGAGUGGGAACAUUAUAAUAGAAGAGCAAGAAACCACUGCCCCAACGCCGGCUAAGAGACAAAAGAAAAAAAACGAUGAGAACGCCGCCUUUAACGAUCUAGUCCACGAAGUAAGUCAGUUUGUGGAUAGUCAAAAAAAAACACACAACAAUUUCUUGGGUGCGAUUGGCGAAGUGUUUGAGAAGGUCCCAGAAGAGAGCCGCCUAGAUUUUCAAAUGGACGUACUUCAAUACGUCUAUGCUCAAUAUAAAAAUUAUAAAAAUUGA